CAAAGACGCAAGGUUGAAGUCUGCCAAAAUAAAAAUUAAUUAGAAAAAAAUUAACAGUUUUUUUUCCAAAAAAUGGCAGACCCGAAUUUGGUAACCACCUAUAGUUUUCACGGGCAAGAAUAUUUAUUUAAAAUGAAUGUCUUGAAUAGCAACUUAGAAAUUUUAAUAACCGAUAAAAACACAGGAGAAGAAUGGCAAUGUGCAUACGAUGCCACUUAUAUUGAAAAUUUGAGCCAGAAAACGGGAAAUUUUAAGCAGUUUGAUGUAUUUGUUGCUAUGAUCAAAUCUGGGUUACUUCGAACCAGUGAAAGUGUUAGCUUAGAUCUACUAACAUUUGAAGAUUUAGAGUUACUAAGGUCUAGAAAAAUUACAAAAUCUGUCGGGGUAGCAAACAACAACCGCCGCUACCUAAUCUUGACCUACAUUGUCGAAUUUGAUAAGAUAAGGUAUCCUUUACCAUUAGAAUACUGUGGUCCACCAGAUCCUCAUAUUUUACAGACCACAAUUAGAAGAUUGGAGGUGGAGUUAGCCAAGACCAAAGAAGAAUUGGCAGCGAAGAAUAACAACAACGAUGCUAAGAAAAUGUAUUUUUUACAAAAAAGAGUAGAUGAACUAACUGACGAAAACUUGAAACUAAAAGAAGAAAUUUUACAUUUAAGUCGUCCGGUAUCAGGUAAAAAAUCGAAAAACGUAUUACAAUUGCAACGAGCUGUAAGUAAUUUGGAGAAGAGUGUCGUGCUGGAGAGACACUCGCAUCAUGAACUGGUAGAAAAAUUAAGGGAAGAUAAGUUACAACUGUUAAAAGAAUUGGAGAGGGUUAAAUGCUCCGAGAGAUCAUUAAAGUCUAAGUUAAAUAGAGCAUUGAGUCAACAAUGCAGGUUUAAUACUGAUGAAUAUGCCAAAAACUUUGCAGAGAAUCAUACAAUGUCGAAUCAAAGUUUAAGAACAAUGUUCAGGCGUAGAAGAACCCCUGUAAGAAAAAAUUAUGAAUCCUCACUUGAAAAUAUUGAGAGAGAAAGGCCGAGGAAAGAAUUGUUAGUGCCAAAAUAUUUAAGGGCAUCAAAAAGUUCAAACAAAGUCUUAAGUAGAAGCAGUUCAGGCAGCAGCACGAAUAAAUAUAUGGAUCCUGAGAUGGAUGUUGCAAGUAGACCAGAAACGCCAGUUUUGUCUGCUAGCGUGAUGCCGAGUCUCUUAAAAAAUAAGUCUGCGUACAGUUCAGGUAAUAGUUCAAGAGCCAGUUCCAGAGUCUCCACGAGAAAGUCUCGCAGUAAAAGUAGAAAAAGUAUUGACUACAAAAAACUUGAAGAGAAAAUUGAGCAUUUACAACAAAUGUUAAAAAACAAUAUGAGACAUGAUGUUAGCUAAAACACCUAGAAGUAUGAAUUUUA